AUGCAACGUCCGGCAGAGAUGCACCUCGGGGCGGCGGAGGAAGACAUGGAGGACGCGCAGGAGGCUUUUCUCGACCUCGACGACCCCGCCAACGAGAUCCUCGACGAGAGCAAAAUGGCGGAAAUCAACGACGACGACGACGACGACGACGACGACGACGACGACGGGGCUCAGGCGGAGGGCGCAGAGGCGCGCCACUGCGGGGCGUACGACGCCGGGGCGUACGACGGGGCCGGUGAGGGGGAGGGCGCGGAGGAUCUCAACGCCGUGCCGGACCGUGAGCCGGAGCGCGACGACGCCCUUUGCGUGUUCCGCGGACGUGACGGGCGGCCGCUGCACGUCGUCGUCGCCCACCCACACGACCCCCGCGUCUUUGCGGCGAGCGGGGAGAGUGACGAGGUGUACGUCCUGCAGCUCGCGGCGGAUGGGCGGGCGGUGGAGGCGCGGGCGGUGCUACAGGGCCACAGCGACACGGUCAGCCUCUUGGCCUUCUCGCCGGACGGGGCGUGGCUCGCGAGCAGUGGCCUUGACUCCGUCGUGGCGCUCUGGUCCACCUCGACGUGGGAGUUGCAGCACUGCCUGCGCGACCUCAGCGGCGAGGUCCUGGCGCUCCUGUGGCACCCCUCCAGCCUCGUGCUGCUCGCGGGGGGCGAGGACGCGCAGGCGGCAAUGUGGAAUGUCGCCAAAGGGACGCUCGCCAUGUACUUUGCGGGCCACAGCGGCCCUGUGACGUGCAUGGCGUGGUCGCCCGAUCACAAGAAGGUUCUGACAGGCAGCGGUGACGGCGGCGUCAUCGUGUUUAGCCCCAAGACCGGGGAGCAGGAGGCGUACAUCACCAAAGGCCUCAGCCCUGACAGGGCGCCCGUCACGACACUCUGCUUUGUCGGCGACGAUGACCGCUGCGUCGUUGGCUGUGAGGAUGGCACGAUGCACGUUGUCUCGCUGAGCGGCGGGCGCGCCGUCACCUCGAUGCAGGAGGUACACAGUCAAGCCAUUGAAAGUCUUUGUAUCAGCCACGGCGGCGCAGCGGAGCGCGUCGCCUCGCCACCGCUUCUGCUCUCUGCAUCAUGCGACUGCUCGAUAGCCAUCUGGAACACCGCCGACCUCACGCUGCGAGUGGUGCUCAGCGUUGGCGAGAGCGUCAUUCCCGCGGUGUGGGCGCGCGGCCACUUCCUCGUUGCCGGCUGCAGCGAUGGGGAGGUGAAGGUGUGGGACGGACGCUCGCUGGACCAGCAACCACUUGCGCGCCUCAUGGGGCACCGCCGCAUGGUCCUCAGCCUCACCGUCCGCGAAGAAGCCGACGUGCUGGCCACGGCAAGCGACGAUGGAAGCGUCCGCUUUUUCGCGCCGCAGCUCCAUUAG